AUAUAUCUAUGUCUACCAUAUAUAUGACAAACUGAAUGAAAAGUGUAUAUGAUACUAACAUGACAGUAUUGAAUGGUGGGAAAUCUAUUGAAGUUAGCCAAGUUGCGCGAAUUAGGUAUGAUCUACUAUGAAACGAAUGACAAAACGAUAUUAGCGCCAUGGUAUUAGAAUGAAUGAAUGACAAUGUUAUUAUUUAUUGUUUGGAAUGUUUUCAUUUGUUGAUUUGCUCUGUAUUGUUUUUACUUCAUUAUGAUAAUGAGAUGGAAAUGACAAAUCAUUUAAUAAUGGUACGUUUUUUGCAAAGUACAUUCCCAAACAGUUAUGCUCUUUCCACAAACACGUACAGGUUCUAAGUUCUACGUUCAACAAGAUUUGCAAGUGAUUAUGGCUACCAGCGUGUGUACUGACGUAUACGUAUGGUAGUAUUCGAAAGUAUGAUGUCAAAUGACAUUUAAGCAAAUAGAAACGUAUGUUGUAUACCAUUAAUAUGUGAUAUUCAAUCUACUUUUAUCAAAUGACUGUAAGUUAAUUACUUUGAGUGUACAGAAUCAUUUUACAGAAUGAAACAUAAUAAAUAUAUUUUGUAAAAAUGAUAUCUUUUAUCAGAACUGAUAGUAAGAAUGGAUUAACAUAACUUACUAAAAUUGUUAUUUAUUGUUGUAUAUAUGUGUUUUUAUAAUAUGUUAUAUUUGAUGAACAAAAGUCUUGCCCCAAUUAUAUAUUAGAUUUUUAUGUAAUUUGGGACAAUGGAUAAUCUAUCAGAUUCAUUCAGAGGUGAAUUAGACUCUGUUACAUCAACAGAUUCUCUGCAAUUAGUGGCAGAUGAGUUCUCUAUUAGACAUUUAUCGACACCUGAUGUUUCAAACAUAGAGUUGUCAAAGCGUGUUGCAUUAUUGGAAUUAGAAAAUGAACGUCUUAGAAUGGAUUUAGAAAAUAUGCGCAUAGAACUCAAUGCUAGAAUUGCAGCUAAUGAAGGUCUUAAAGGAAAAAUAACUGAAUUGUAUGUAGAAAUGCAAUUGGUACUUCAAGAAAAACAAAAACUGCAAAAUACUCUAACGGAUGUGAAUAAUCGUUUAGAUGCAUCACAAGCAUCUGCAAAAUGGUAUCAGUCUCAAGUAUAUGGUUUACAAGCAAGCAAAAAAACUCUGCAAUUAGAAGUUGAUACUUAUCAAGGAAUACUGCAACAGAGGCAACAAACUAUAGCAAAUAUAAAUGCUAGGUAUAAACAACUUAAUAUGGAUUAUACUGACCUUCUUCAAAAGCAUCAGAAAGAAAAACAGAAUUUGCAACAUGAAGUACAAAAUUUAAAAAUGCAGAACCAAUCAAAUAAUGUUUCAGAAUCAUUAGAUAUGAAUACAAUAUCUAAUUCCCCUGAUGUAUCUACAAAAUUAGAAUUAACAGAAGAUGAAUUGCGAAAUACAAAAGCAGAAUUAAAAACAUUGGAAAAGCGACUUUUAGGUAAUGAAGUUUCCAAGACAUUAAUGGAAAAUACAUUGACUAAACAGAGAAUAUUGAUUACAACUAUGGAAGGAAAUAUACAAAGAUGUGAAACAGAAAAAAAUCAAACUGCUGAUUCUUUACGUAAAACACAGCUUGAAAUUCAGAAGUUACAUUCUGAAAAUGAAGUAUUGCAGACUACUCUACUUUCUUCCAAACAGGAACAAAGUCAGAUAGAAGAUGCAAUCUUUCAAUUGCGAUUACAGCUAACAAAGAUGAUUGAGCAGUAUAAGCUCCUAAAAUCAAAAAAUACAGAAGCAGAAGAAAAAUUAAAUUCAAUGCAAGAUGUAAUAAAUGAAAAUAAGCGAUUAAAGACGUUAUCAUAUGAAGCUAAUAGUGCUCUUAUUAGAAAAAUUCGACAGGAAAAACGCAAAGUUAAGCAUUUGGAAAAUAAGCUUCAUAGUAUUCAAAUUACGGGACAUUUAAGCAAUAUGAAAAGCAAGAUGGAGGUUUCCUUACAAGAGUGCCUCAAACAGGUUUUAAUGAGAAACAAAGAUUUAAAAGAUCAAUUGAAGGCACUUACAAAAAAUUCAGAUGAAAGUAUUGAUGAAGGAUAUGGUGAUAGCAGUAUUGUUAGUUCUGUUUCUAUAGACAUUCCAUCUCCAAGUUCCAUUAAUCCAGUAUUAUUAAAUACAGCUUCCAGUGUACUGCUACAGUGUAAGGAUUUCUGUAAACCAGUACAAACAGAACUUGACCAUCUACGAUUAAAACUUAAUAAGUUAAAAGAAUGCACCAUAUAGUAUUAAAUUAAUUUAUUAAACAAAUAUUUAAAUAAAAUGCGUAUUAUUAGAAAUUAUGCAAUAUAAAAUACAUAAAAAGUGGUGACUGGAUAUUAAACUAAAUGGUCAUAAGGUUGACUAAAUUGUAAAUACAUUAACUUAUGAUAAAUCUUAAGAUUGCUACAAUUAUAAACAAAAUAAAUUCAGAAUUUGUUUAUAAAAAGUUUUAUUAAAAUUGAACUUAAAUAUACAGUCUUAAUCCGUAAAACGGCAAUACUGUGCUGUAAUUAUGAGAAUAUGUUAAUGAAAACAACCAAUUAUUUC